GUCGCGUGUAUAAGGGUACUGGCAAGCUUCUUGGCUAGCCGUUCUGAGAUAGCAUCGGAUACCCUUCGGGCAAUGCUCCGUAUAAUUCUCCACGAGUUUUGUAUCUUCAUGCCAGACUACCCAUUGCGUUUCUGCUCACAGAUAUCAUCGAUACUUAAUUACGAUGUCACUGCCUUCAGCCAGCCGGGUCGCUCAGUUUCAGCGUUCUGCAGGACGACAGCUCCGAUUCCAAACCUUCGCAUGCCCAUGGCUUCAGUCGAGACGGACCAAGACAACGAAUGCGAACUACGAACCCAUCGUCCUAGAAAAGCCCGACAGGUUUCGACCUCCUUCCCAUCCGCAGCGCAUUGUCAAACCCAAGCCGAAGAUAUACGGCCCUGAUCUCACGGCGCAGCAGAAGAUGGAACAUAAAACCAAGCAGUAUCCACACCUCAUGCCUCCAGAGGACAGCUUUAUGCAUUGGUUCCUACACAGCAGAUGGAUACAUAUGUGGAUCACACUAAGCGUUCUCAUGUCUGCAGCUACCUACGUCUUCGUCCAGGACUUCUAUCAGACUACGCCAUACAUGGAUCUUCUACCCCCCAAGUCGGAGUUUCUGAGCCAUCCAUUCUCAUUCAUGGGACAAUAUCUCCAGGUAUAUAAGAUGACGGUCAUCUACAACAGCGAACAAGUUGCCGAGCUACGGCGCAAGAAGAUUGAGGAUGCGGAAAAGCAGAAGGAGUACAGACGUGCACAUGGCUUACCAAACGAGCCAUACAUCCUUAGAAAGCUACCUGGGUACAAGGAUGAGGUCGAGAGAGAGGCGGCGAAGAAAGAGGCAGCUGUCGUAGCAGAGGCAAACGCGGACGCUUCGCCAACCGCGGCAGCCGACGUGCCCGGGAGAUUCAAGAGCUUUGAAGGGAAGAUUGAAUCGCCCAAGAAGUGGUUUGGAAUCUGGUAGAAGGGUAUGACCUUUAGAAGAGAGUGAAACGGGGAUUCUCGCCAUUUGUAUAGUAUGAAAAACAUGCUCUGUGUACAUAUGAUAGCGGGCGCAUAAAAUUUUCCUAGCAGCGUUCUAGCAGACGACUUCAAAGUAAAAUUCUAGAGCCAGCCAUAGGCCAUGGGACAUCGACCCGAUGAAUAACGAACCCACAAGGCCCAGCUGCCUGUUAAAUUCGUCUCAGUUCGCGG